GCUAGUCAAGAUUUCAGCAGCGACGAGAUUCGAACGUGGAGUUGCAUUUAUGCUGUGCGAAUAUUGAGGAAGAAGGAAUCGGCGAUCACUCCGCGCAAUUUUCGCCGUUUCUCUUGCGAUGACUUUUCAAAUCGUUACAUAAUUUUGUCUGAUCGUGGUUUCGUUAUGGUGUUUAUGAACGCGUGAUUCAACGUUCGCAACCAUUCCGACGAUCCUGAAGAAAUUUCCGCGAGCAUAGUCAUGCUAAUUCAGUUCAGUUUCUUCUGAAAUACGACGCGGCGUGAAUACCGCACGAAACGUGACUCCGGUGGUCAGAAAUCUGCGUAAUUCCGUAUUUCGCUGUUGGGUAACUUUCACCGUCAUCCAUCACGCGGGAUGUUUCGGAGAAGAAGUACAUUUCACAUCUGUAAUUUGUUCAUCCUUAGGUCGAAUUGUCAGACCCGACAAAUCAGCGGUUAGAUCACUCGACGUGUUGCUGAUUCGAGUCGAGAAAGUUAUCGCGAACGGCGAUCGGCGAGUCGGUAUUAUGAUAUUAUCACGAUUUUUCGGUUCGUAUCCGGCAUGUGGCGGUUCUGGAAUUAAAUAACUGCAGGUGUCUGAGCGGCAAAAGUCAUUGCGCAAAGAUCGUGCUGCAAGGAACGAAUAAGAGACACGAACAUCUCAAGGGUAAACAGGCGUGGGAGUUCAUAUGUCAAGGUUAUCUCUGGGUGUUUGACGAUCCGCGAUAAGUUUCGUUGCCCUCACUCUCCGAAAUGCAGAUAUUCCAUAGACGGGUUUCCAGCCGCACGUGAAAAUGUUCGGGAACGGAAUCACUCGCUCGUUGUUUGUAAUUAUCGUCGUUUCCAUCUUAGACAAUGGAGCUUCGCUGGAAUGUUACGUCUGCACGUCCCUCGAUAACUCGGCCUGCACUUCGUCCUUAUCCGGCCUAACACCGACUACCUGUUCCUCAUCGGAGGUUUCCGAUUCGACCACGACCACCGUCGCCGAAUACUCGAGCACGACCUCCAUUACCGCCGAAACAAUGACCGCCGAGGAUACCGAGACCACCGAGACCACAGUGACGACGGAUGCCACUUCCGAUUCAUCGACGGAAUCUACAUUGUCAAAUUCGACGUCGAAAUCGACGACGCUGGUUACGGAAACGGAGAAUCCGAUAUCGACGAUUUCGGUGACAACUCUCUCCUCUACCUCGACAACCGUUUCCGAAUCUUCGGAGACAAACACAACCGAAACAUCAACGUCAAGAGCAGCUGACGAGGGCACUUUAACGACGACGUUAUUGACAGUGGAAGGGAAUGCCAGUCGAUUACUGGCGUCGGGAAACACCGAGCAAGUUGUACGAGUGAUCAGAGACACUGCGGAAAGUUUUGCCUGCUACACGCUAACUGUGGUCGUAAACGAGACAGAAGUGACAGAGCGAGGCUGCGUAACGAUGGAUUCGACGGCCUGCGACAGCUUGCAAGAGGCUAAUUAUCCCAGCCUAAAUUUGUCAACCUGCGAAACUUGCACAGAAGACGGUUGCAAUUCGUCCGGAAAUAACUUGUCCGGAAUUUCAUCAGCGUUUGUAUUGUUAACCAUGUUAGUUUUGACGAGAUAACCUGCUCGUUAUCUUACAGAGUAUUUCAAUAACUAUCAGCUGAAUCUGUUCUGACCAGAUUUUGGGAAUAGGUUUCUCAAUUCAAAAUUACUUUUAGAGGAGCACAAAUUAUCACGUAAUAUCGUUAGUAUAAUUAAGUAUUCCUAACUCAUUUCAGCUUACCACAAAUACAAAAUAUGCUGCUCUGUUCAACAUCGGUAGUCGUAAAUAUUUGUAGGUAUAUGAUCGAGGAUCAUUUUUAUGUGUAAAAAAGAUUGACUAUUCUGUGAAAUAAAAUUUUACCAACCA